AUGAAAUUGUCACCCGGUCAUCAUUCUUUGCCACGCAAAAAGACAUCUACAGAAAAAAAUAUGUCAACAUCUCAGAUAUUUCAACGUGGUCAUCCAACGAGACGUAGCUGUUUAUCGCCUCAAUAUCAUCAUCAACAUCAUCAUCAACAUCGUCAACAAGAAAGUUCUCUACAUUUCGAAUAUUUUGUACCGAGAAGCGUUAGCGAGUUUAAUUUAGCUGCUACUGUAGUUACCGAUAUCGCGGUAGCACCUUUACCUCCCACAUCAGCUCUACGACCUUCUUCCGUAAUCACACCACCAGCUUCUGGCCUUACAACCAAUUCAUCGGCAACAAAUCAAGGACGUCUAUUGGAUGCUUCCAAUACUACAACAAGAAGUCGAGAAAAAAUGGUUACGUUUGAAGAUGAAGGUGUUAAUUGUGCCGGAUCGGCAUCUAAUAGAAAAAAUUUAUCUAGCAUCGAUAAUACCUUCAUGUGAUGAAUGAAAAGAAUGUGGAAAAGGAGAAGAAAGAAAGGAAGAUGAGACGAUGAACGUGAAGGACAUUUACUUUAAGUGAGAGUACGAAUUCGUUAUAUCUCUACGUAAAAAGAAAAAAUAAAUAAAUAAAAAUAAAUGGUUUGAUAUGUAUUUGGUUAGAAAAUAUAAACAGAAUUAGCUAAAACGUGAAAAGAAAAUAAAUACGAAACAGAAAUUAAUGAAACGAUUCUAAUGAGAAAAUGUUCUUUUAUAAUAUAUACCAAUAUCAGAAACUCAUUGAUUACAAGUAUAGACUACACAGACAAAACUUGUGGGGUACUUUAAUUAAAAAAUGCUCAGUUAUCAUACAAUAAUCAUGUACUCAGGGUAUUGAUAAUGUAAAAACUUUCGUACGCUCUAACGACUGAAUACACAGUUUUUUAAUCUAACAAAUGGAAAGAUGAAAGUAAGAAAAUACUUUUGCCUCUUGCUAAUUUCCUGAUAUCAAAUAUCUAAUCACAUAGUACAACAAAAAAAAGGCUAAUCAGAAUAUACAAAAUUACAACUGCUAAUACUCUGGUUGACAAAAGGAUGCCUUCUAUAGAGUGAUAUGAAUCGUUCGACAACAUUCAUUCAAAACUGAUAUAAUGAUAAAAUAUAUAAAUCAGAAAUAUUAUCUAUGUCUAUAAUUUAAUGCGCAUGGAAAUCAAGGUAUUCAAAUAUGAAAAGAAUCGAGAUCACGUCACUAAAAAUUUAUGAGCACAAAUUAAGAUUUUUUUUUAUUCAUAAAAUUAAUUUAAAAUUCUUUUAAUUAUAUUCGAAAUCUUGCACCAAUAGAUCUUUUAGUAAUAUUCUUUCCCAACUUUGUUCAUUUAUAAUUGACUAAAUAAAUCUCUGAUAUACAAUAUUGACUGAAGAAUAAGGCAUAUGUUUACAGCAUAUCAAAAUUUAUGUUAUUGUGUUUCUUAAACGAUUACUUUCGUAUAAUUAAAAAAAAAAAAAAAAAAAAAAAAAAAUAUUUAUGUAAUAAAGAAAAUAUAAAAACAUUAAAGAAAUGAUAAAACUAUGCUUGCACAAAUAAUCCUGUAUAAUUAAUUGUAAAUACUAAUACAUAUGCUGUAUAACAACUUCAACAUAUACAUGUACAGACUACAAAAUUAUUGAAGUACUACUUUUCAAAUAGAUUAUUGUAAAAUGGUGACAUUUCCCUUGUAGCUUUUUAAUUCAAUGUGCAAUAAUGCACCUGCUAUUCAUAUAAAUAUGAUUAUCAAAUAAAUAUUUAACAAUUUAUUAAAUGUGACAGUCAACUCUGAAAGUUGCUAUGGAUUAACAAAAUGCAUUAAUAUGACAUCUCUUAUGAUGUGAAAUAUCAAAAAUAAUUGGAUAUGUUUUUUCUUGCGUUAAAUGUAAAGAAAAAUAUACGUUCCUCUUUCAAAAUAUAUUUUUUAUAAUUAUUUCAAGCUCCUUUAUAUGAUUUCUUUGCAAAUUAAUCUCUAACGUUUAUAUUUGUUAUUUUUAAUAUACUUUGUAAAUUAAUUUAUGCAUUAUUCAAAGUUAUACAAAUAUUUUUUGCGAAUUUUCUAUAUUAUGAAAUUAUAAAAAUCUUACCAAUUAUACUAUUGAAUACAUAUAAUGUAA